AUGGACGGUCGUCAUAAGAGAUGCGAUGGUGAAUUCCCUUGUAAACGAUGCAAGGAUGAUGGUCUUGUAUGCACUGCCGGUGUGAGGAAGAAGAUGGAAUACAAGCAACUGCCUAGGGGAUACGCCGAGGUUCUUGAGAACACUCAAUUCGCGUUGAUAGCUACUGUACAUAAGCUCUACAGCAUGGUCCGGAAUUCGCAGCCUUGGGAGAUGGGCGAGCCCGAGCUCAACGACCGUGGGCAACCAGUGAUCCACGACAUUGCACAGAAGCUUGGUUGCAUCCGACCUAACAGCGACAUCGACCUACCCGUCCACUCGGUCUUCCCCGAAGAUGAAAGAGGUAUGCAGGAGUUGGCCGCCCAGCUUGAGGAACAACAACGACUGGAGACGGACACGCAGAAGGAAUCAAAGGACACCGACUCGUCAGUAUCAAGUCAGCCCCGCGCAGAGAGGGCCUCGUCUUCCGAACUCGACCACUCCGACUUCGAACCUGAUUACCGAGCAGCCGCCUUUGGAAGCCACAACACCAACCACAUGACGCUAUCUCCCCAGAGCUUCACCUCGUGCAAUACCGACUUCGAAUUGGGCCAGGCAGGCGGCGCCGAGCUGGACUCACAAGCCAUGUUCCCUUCUCAAUCACCACAGGUCGCCAACUUCCCCUCGUGGGCAAUGCCAGCCAAGCCUCAGCCUACGACGAACGCCACUAGUAUGCCCAUGCCAUUCAUGCACAAUAUCGAUGGUGUCACUGUCGACCUUCAACGCCAGAUAAUGUUGAACCAGGGUAUCCUCGAAUCAGAAUUCGGCUUCAUCAAGCCUCACGUUUUGUCGUGUCCUAAUCCGGAGGUAAUGAUGGGUAUGGGAGAUCCGAUGAUCUAUUCGGGCUACGAAAAUGAGCUCUCGGGGUUGUAA